UCGUAAUUCGGGCGAGUUUUUGAGGCUGCGUAAAAUUUGAUAUAAAAAGCUAAAGUGCAUUCUGAAUAUUCAUCAGUUGAAUUUGUGAACUCACAUAGCACAACACAGACCUUCCCAAAAAAAUAAUCAAAAUGUUCAAGUUGGUGGUGUUGUCUGCUCUCCUCGCCGUAGCUGCUGCUGCUCCAGGCUUCAUUGCUUCGCAUCCAGUUGUGUACUCUGCACCCAUCGCUACAGUUGCCGUGCACGAGCCCGUUCUGACCAAAGUAGGCGCCGUGGUUCAGAGCGUGCCCACAUCAGUCUCCCACCAAAGCCAAUCGGUUGUGCACAGCUCUGCCCAUCAUGUUGAGGACAUUGUUGCACCGAUUGUCAAGACCAGCUAUGUAGCCACUGCUCCUGUUGUACAUACCUACGCUGCUCCCAUUGUGAAGACAAUCGCUUCUCCAGUGGUUUUGAAAUCGUGGUAAACCCUCGACGCUGUGAUGUACUGAAUGAAAGCUUGGACUAGUUGUUGGACAUGAUUUCAUUUUUAUUUUUUUUUGAAACUGCCUAUUAUGUACCUAAUUUUUUGUUAAUUGAAUAAAAAGAUAAAUUAAUUUUCCGAAAAUAUAA